AUGCCACCUCAAAUGCAGCCCUUUGCUGAUUACCUUCGCGCCCCGCCGCACCCAGACGGCGGCGAUCGGCGGACCCCAAUCCCGCCGCUGAACCGAACCGUGAAGAAGACGCUGGUAGUAGAAGAGUCCUCCUUGGACAACCCGGAUCUAGGCCCGAUCCUUCUGAAGAUGGCCCGAGAAACAAUAGCGUCCGGUGAGAGCCCGGUGAAGGCCCUGGACUUCGCCAUUCGGGCCUCAAAGUCGUUCGAGCGGUGUGCGGGCCCGGGGCUGGAGCUUGCUACGUGUCUCCAUGUGGUUGCUGCGAUCUACAGUAGUUUGGGGCGGUUGGAUGAGGCGGUUGAGGCUUUGGAGCGGUCCAUUUUCUUGUUGGAAGGGGAAAACGGGUCGGAUCAUGCAAUGGCCCAGUUUUCCGGGUACAUGCAACUUGGUGACACGUAUUCCAUGAUUGGACAGUUGGACAGGGCUAUUUCUUGUUACAAGUCGGGUUUGCAGAUCCAAAUGGAUGUUCUUGGUGAGUCCGACCCGAGAAUCGCUGAGACUUGUAGGUACUUAGCUGAAGCCCAUGUCCAAGCCAUGCAAUUUGAGCAGGCAGAGAAGUUCUGCAAGAAGACCCUCGAAAUCCACAGGGAGCAUUGCUCUCCUGCUUCCCUUACCGAAGCAGCCGACAGGCGUCUAAUGGCCCUUAUAUGUGAGGCCAAGGGAGAUUAUGAACCAGCUCUUGAGCACCUUGUCCUAGCUAGCAUGUCCAUGAUCGCCAAUGCACAAGAUAAUGAGGUUGCAGCUAUUGAUGUUAGCAUUGGUGAUAUUUACAUGUCACUCUGUCGUUUUGAUGAGGCUGUUUUUGCCUACCAGAAAGCACUGACAGUGUUCAAAUCCACCAAAGGCGAAAGCCACAGUUCUGUGGCGUUAGUGUACAUUCGCCUUGCAGACCUUUACUACAGGACAGGAAAAUUAAGAGAAUCAAAAUCGUAUUGCGAAAAUGCCUUAAGAAUAUACAGUAAGCCUGUGGUUGGAACAACGGCAGGGGAGAUUGCAAGUGGGUUGACUGAAAUCUCUGCCAUCUAUGAAGCUCUAAAUGAGCCUGAGGAGGCACUGAAGCUGCUGCAGAACGCAGUGAAAUUGUUGGAGGAUAUCCCUGGACAACAUAGGACAGUGGCAGGAAUAGAAGCCCAAAUGGGAGUGAUGUUCUACAUGGUUGGGAGGUACACGGAGGCAUGGAAGUCUUUUGAGAAUGCUAUCACCAAGCUGAGAGCAAGUGGGGAGAAGAAAUCCACCUUUUUUGGAGUCGUAUUGAACCAGAUGGGGCUGGCAUGUGUGCAACUGUAUAAAAUAGGGGACGCUGCCAAACUUUUUGAGGAAGCAAGAGAUAUAUUAGAAAGAGAGUAUGGUACAUAUCAUUCUGACACUCUUGGAGUGUAUAGCAAUCUUGCAGCAACUUAUGAUGCCAUGGGGAGAGUUGAUGAUGCCAUUGAGAUAUUGGAAUACAUACUAAAAAUGAGAGAAGAAAAACUUGGAACUGCUAAUCCAGAUGUUGAUGAUGAAAAGAAGCGACUAUUUGAGCUUCUGAAAGAGACAGGAAGAGUUCAAAAUAAAAGGGGGAAAAAAUCUCUUGAAAACCUUAUAGAUUCCAAUUCCUUAAAGAUGAAGAAGGAACGGAAGAAAAGAUGGGCUGCUUUUGGUUUGAGAACUUAA